GUGUGACGCAUGGCUCACGCUACGGUACGCCAUUUGUGUCUAGCAUGAAAAAGCGCGGACAGUGGAAAUAGUCGCGUAACAAGGGGAGCUUGAUUCACCGUUGAUAACAUCAGUCAGCUUCACUGCUAUAUAAUUAAGAACAGGAUAUGAUAUGGAGAAAACAUUGAUAUCAGGAAAGGAGGCUGCUGAGGACAAAGUGCCUGAAAGUGAUGCCAACAGGAAGGUGCAGCCAGAUGAUGUGGCAAUGGAGGAAACUAAAAGAAACUCACCUAGCAUGACUGCCAAGCCUGAUGAAGCAGAUGAAGAACUCAACGAGAGACUGCAGCCAGACUGCGUACCUGAAGAUGGGAAUAACCUCUGCACAGUUUGUGGCUUCUCAGCCAAAUGUCCAAGAUCACUAAAGAUUCACUAUGCAAGAAAGCAUGGAAAUAAGUCAAAGAAUACCAAUAGAUCUACAAAGGCAGCUGGAAAAAGUGAAAUUGUCUCUGACGUGAGUCCAUCUGAAAUCCAGCAGACCGUAGACAUGGAGACGGAAAGUGCUGCUGAAGUUAAACAAAACCAGGAGUCUGGCCCUAAUGAGCUGAGAUCAGCAGCCAGUGACAAUGGCAUGAACACAAAGACUUUAACUACAAAGGAAACUGUAUUAGACAAACAGCAGGCAGAUCAAGAGGAAGCAAUCCAUACCCAAGAGAGAAGAGUAAGCAAGCGAACCCCAAAACCCAAGAUUAUACAUUCCUGCAACUACUGUGGGCAAGAGUUUAGAGACAAGUCUCCUCUAGAUGUGCAUAUCCAGAGAUACCACACCAAAGACACCCCAUACACAUUUGACGCUGAUGAGAACAUGGAUAAAGAAGAAGACGCUGAAGAUCCUGGCAGUCCUGUGAAGGCCACACCUACACGAGUGGCAGCCAAACGUCCGCUCAGCAGGUUCCAUCUUAAGUGUAUAAACUGUGAUUUUAGGGUAAGCACCCCUGCAUUGCUGGAGAGCCACGCGCGAGUCAAACACCAGGACCAGGAGUGGUACCGGUGCAAAUUGUGUAACUUUUUCUCAGCCACAACAGAGUGGAUGGACGUUCACCUGUCCUCAGAUAGCCACAUGCAGCAGGAGAAAGGGGAGGAAAGCACAGAAUCUUCCUCUUUUGAAGUCUAUGUUGAGAGUACAAACAGAGACCUUGCAGGAGAUGGUGCUAUUAUAGACGAUCUGGCUCAUGUGACUGGAGGAGAAAAGGUGCCUGCUUUGACAGAAGGAAAUCAGGAAGCUGAAGAGGCAGUGGAGGCUGCCAAGGCUGUGUCAGUAGAGGAGGAAGAUGUCGAGCUUGAACCUCCCAUAAAGAAAAGAGGAAGACCAAAGCAAGGGUCCACGACCACUUGUGGAUACUGUGGCCUGGUAGUGUCCAACGCUACCAACCUCAGUGUCCAUGUCCGCCGCAAACACAGCAAGGAGUAUGGCUACAGCUGCACUCUGUGCAACUACAGCUGCGUGACCAAAGGAGACAUGGAUCGUCACUGUAUCACAAAGAAGCAUGUCAGGCGUGCACAAGAGUGUGCAAAUAAGAAAUCGGUUAACAAUCACACCAGUUCAUCACCGCAGGAGCCCACAGCUACACAAGCCCAGGAGCCAAAUGCAGCCUCACAGAUGACUGACAAAGAGCAGGAACCUGACAACACGGCAUCCAAGGAACACAGUGGAGAUGAGCAAACUCAGUCAGACACAAGCCAGAAAAAAAGUAAAUAUGACUCUGUUAAUGCUUGUAGCCAUUGUGAUUUUGUAGCUCAAUCAAUCCCUUCGCUCCAUCUUCACAUCAAGAGAAAGCACACCAAAGACUUUGAGUACGUCUGUCUAGCAUGUAGCUACUAUGCUGUAACAAGCAGGGAAAUGUCUCGCCAUGCCAACACAGAGAAGCACAAACAGAAGAGCCAGAAGUACCUGGAACCACUUGGGAGCGAGGGGCAAAGAGCUUUGGCACUCCCACUAAAGCUGAAGGAGGUCAUUGAGUUUGUGGGGGAAAAUUCGAAUACUGAAUGUGAACCUACCAGCCCCACAGAGGUGUCUGAAUCUUGUUCUGAUGACAGCCAAGCUAUGGAAAGUCAGAAUACAACUGCAUCCUCUGUCACAACAGAGUCUGUCGAUGCUGUGGGUAGUCUGGCUGGCAGUGCAGAUGAGAAGCAAGCGGAGAGCCUUACAUUUUCCAGUGGUACUGAACCAGAUCCAGCCAACCAGACAGCUGGACUUACGGUGCUGUCUGAACCCCAGCAGACUCCAGCAGAGCUGCAGGCUCCGGUGAAUCAGUCAGCAAGCAAGGAGGAAGAGGCUCAGCAAGAGAGCAAGGAGGAAGAGGCUAAACAAGCAGACGAUGAACACUUAAAUGCAGAUGUGAUGAUUUUAGAUGCAAAAAGCGACAGCUCUCAUUCAGAUACACAAAUGUCCAAAGCCCCUCCCUUUGAUGCCUGCAUUGUGACCAUGAAGGCCCUUGCUGAGCAGGAGCAGGCCCUGCAGGAAGGUCUGGCUCUUGAAGGCGAGGCUGCUGUGAUAUGUCUUACUGGAGGAUCACCGGUGCCCUCCAACUUCCUUCCCUCUAGUUCUGCUUAUGUCAAGAAGCUUAAACGCAAAGAAGUAAAGGUGAGAGAGGAACCCAAAGGAAGCAGCUCUCGCAUACGCUGCGAUGACUGCGGCUUUAUGGCUGACGGCAUCAGCGGCCUCAAUGUCCACAUCUCAAUGAAGCAUCCGUCCAAGGAGAAGCAUUUCCACUGCUUGGUGUGCGGCAAGUCAUUCUACACGGAGAGCAACCUGCACCAGCACUUGACCAGUGCCGCCCACCUCCGCAACGAGCAGAACAGCGUGGAGGAGCUGCCCGAAGGGGGCGCAAGCUUCAAGUGCGUGAAAUGCACGGACCGCUUCGAGUCGGAGCAGGAUCUGUUUUUUCACAUAAAGGAGAAACACGAGGAGCUUCUGAGGGAGGUCAACAAGUACGUGUUGGAGGACACGGAGCAGAUCAACCGCGAGCGCGAGGAGAACCAGGGCAGCGUGUGUAAAUAUUGUGGAAAGGUGUGCAAGAGCAGCAACUCCAUGGCCUUCCUGGCACACAUUCGCACUCAUACCGGAUCCAAGCCCUUCAUAUGUAAGAUCUGCAACUUUGCAACCGCCCAGCUGGGAGACGCGAGGAACCACGUGAAGAGGCACCUCGGCAUGAGAGAGUACAAAUGUGACAUCUGUGGAUGGGCCUUUGUGAUGAAGAAACACCUCAGCACCCACCUGCUGGGAAAACAUGGGGUUGGACAGCGUAAAGAGAGGAAGUUUGAAUGUGACUUGUGCGAGCGCUCCUUCAGUGAAAAAUGGGCUCUGAACAACCACAUGAAACUGCACAGUGGGGAGAAACCAUAUAAGUGCGCCUGGCCGUCCUGCCACUACGCCUUCCUCAACCUGUCAGCCAUGAAGGACCACUACAGGACACACACUGGAGAGAAAUCUUAUCUGUGUGACCUGUGUGGUUUUGCUGGAGGCACCAGACACGCCCUCACCAAACACAGGCGCCAACACACAGGCGAAAGACCCUUCAAAUGUAAGCUCUGCAGCUUCGCCUCCACCACGCAGUCCCACCUAUCGCGGCACAAACGUGUUCACACUGGGGAGAAACCGUACCGCUGCCCCUGGUGCGACUACAGAUCCAACUGUGCUGAGAACAUCCGGAAGCACAUUCUCCAUACGGGCAAGCACGAGGGCGUGAAGAUGUACAACUGUCCCAAAUGUAACUAUGCCACCAACUCUCCCAUGGAGUUCCGCAACCACCUGAAGGAAAACCACCCUGAUAUUGAGAAUCCAGACCUCGCCUAUCUACACGCAGGUAUCGUGUCCAAGUCUUUCGAGUGUCGUCUGAAGGGUCAGGGGGCUACGUUUGUGGAAGCAGAAGUCAUAGAGUCCCCCGUGGGCAGGAAGGGCUCACCUGAGACACCCGGCCACGAAGAGCCCGUGCAGCAGGUCAUCAUCAUCCAGGGCUACGGCGACGAGGACGUAGCCAUCGACCAGGCCCUGGAGCAGUCGGCUGCCGCCACCUUGCAGACGCUGGCCAUGGCUGGCCAGGUGGCAGAGGUGCUCCACAUCACCGAAGACGGACAAGUAAUCGCCUCAGGCAGGGAAGUGGCAUCCGCAGGGGCCCACCUGGCCGGCGGCAGCACCCAGUACGUGGUGCUGGAGUCGGGGGAGGCGAGGGAAGGGCUUCGGGCCAUGACUAGAGGAGGGGUCGAAGCCACGGGACAAAGUCACAUUGUUUCGGAGUCGUCCACAGCUCUGGAUGCUCUACUCAGCGCUGUCAGCGAAAUGGGCCACCAGGAGGAAAUGCAAGGAGAGGCGGCCGUCGUUCACGAGGUCUUGACCCCUGAGAUAGCCGAGGCCGUGCAAAGGGAAGUGCAGCCGGAUGUGAAACAGGAGCAGGAGGAGGUGCAGGUCAUCCAGCAGGCCGGCCAGGAGGAGAUGCAGGAGGUGCUGCAGCUUGCCGCAUCCCAGAUGAUGAAGGAAGGUCUAACCCAGGUUAUUGUUAAUGAUGAAGGAACCCAUUACAUUGUGACAGAGCUGGACGACUGCACCUUACAGGUGGAGGGAGGCGUCUAUGGAGAGGCAGGUGAAGGGGAGGUGCAGCAGGCAGAGCAGCAGGCUGCAGAUGAGAUGGUGGUCUAUCUGGAUUGAAUCCCUCAUAGUAGAGGUCUAGAGGGGCAGAGGAGACAGAGAUUAAAUUAAAGAGGUACAUUUAUCGAGUCAGUUUCCUUUGUUUAAUUCUGUUGAAGCCUUCAUCAGGCCAAAUGUUUUCCAGUAAUUUUCUUGCAGUCUUCCUCUUCCUCUUUGCUCUUUCAUUUUACCCAGUUUGAUUUCUUUUUUUUUAGCAUCACCUCUGUUUUAGUUUUUCACUAUCCUCUCUUGGGCUAUGCUAAACUCAGGUUAAACAUCAUUUAUUUCGAGGGAUAGUGACGGAAAGAGGAUUUGGUGCUAAGUGAGUUAACUUGCACUCCUCGCAACCACCAAGACUACAUAAACCCCUUGAUUAAUGCCAUGAAAUUCAAGGAAAUGAAUAUAUUUCCUCCUGAUUUUUUUUUAAAUGCUUCUAAAAUGCUGAGAGUUUAAUGGUUCAUUAUAUAUGAAAAUAUGUAUUCUGCUCGGUAGAGGUAACAAUGGUUUUCUUGCAACUGCUCUUUCUUCUUUAUGAUGCUUUUGUUUGAUAUUAACUUAAGUUACGUUUGUGAUAGAGUUUCCCUUGUGUGGUUUAUUAUUAAUGGUUUAUUCAUUUCUGUCUAGUUUCCAAAGUUUUUUCUUUCCAUCUAUUGUAGUGAUUAGUAUACUAUCAAUUAUUAAACAAUAAGUUGAUGGAUUAUGAGAAAUUCCAAAACAGAUCCUACAGAUGAUUUAUAUGUAACAAAAUAGAGUUGAUAAUUCAACAUUUCAGUUUUUUUGUUUUUUCUGUUUGUAAGUUCAGCUUUUGGGAAACCUCUAAAAAACCAUGAAUGCAGUUUCAUUUCUGACAAUAAAG